AUGCUCGCGACCACUCGCACCGCGCCCCCCAUUAAGCGCUCUUUACAAGGGGUUACGGCUUCUGCUUCCAAAAAGAUUAAACUUCACCAGAUGACCAUGUUGACGGCGACUGCCCCGACUUCUGCGCGGCCCCUCACUCCCCUAGUCACCUCCUUACUUGAAAGGAAUCACAAUGAACACCACAUGUACUUUGCGGGGGGAUUGCACAAUCACUUUCCUCAUACACUUUUGUCACAAUUUGCCUUGGGUGCAAGUGAACAAAGAUUAAAUAGGGAAUGGUCAUUGGAAGAUCCCGACUUGGAGAAAUUGGGUGAACCCGUGGAGAAUAUUGUGCUGAACGAGAAGAACUGGAGAGAUUACAUUGGUAUCAGAAGAUACUAUCCCAAUUAUCUCAAAUUCUUUGACCACCUAGUUCAACGGGACGGAAUUAUUCCAACGACCGUCAAGUAUGCGUUUGACCCAGUCUUGAUACCUUCCGUACUGAGUGGACUUUUACAUCCUCUCAUCCAUAUCGGUUUUGGCGUCGAGUUCUCGUCGCCACUGGUAACAGCUGAAGGGCUGGCGGAGGCUUGCACUCAUCAACCUAAAAUGAAACCCGUUCUUGACGCAAGUCGAAAACAUUCGGAACUAAAUCAACCAGCAUCACACUCGAAGUACAAUACGAAACGCAUAGUGGAGUUCUUUGACACACUGCGAAAGGAUCCUCGGUUGGAUGGCUUGGUCACUGUUGAAAAUGAUGAUAAAACGGCUGCCACGAUUCAGAAAUGUGCAGAGGUCAUUGCAGAGUACGCUAAUCUAUGGACGAUUGAAGAAACACCAGCCGGCAUCCAAGAUGCUCUUCACACACUUUUUCAUACCACCACCGAUUUGUAUGCCUCGACCGGCUUGCGUCCAGGUCACCCAGCAUCCCCAAGGCUGGACUUUUUUCUCCUCCACUUGUUGACAGCAACUCUCGCGACAAGGCACCUUCUCCCCCACCUCAGUAUCGAUGCUUCCCGAGAUCUACUCCACGCCCAUUUCACCAUCUGCCUAACCUUCUACAUCGCGCGUGGUCGUCCACCGGUGCAGCCUACACUACUACUAGCUCUACCUGUCAAGAACUCACCCGCACUGAAAACGUGGGAGCAAAUUGUACACUAUGCUCAUGAGAGCGAGGAUCUGCAUGUACCAAAAGUGAUCAGAACUUUGAAGAUUGCCGAGGAGAUGUACGGACCUGAGAAUGACUUGUGGAUUCAGGUUGCUAGGCUCACCAUUGAUAAGUUGGUGAUCAAGGGUGGUCAGUGGGACAGGGAUGGAUGUGGUUACGAAGAGACUUGGGGAGGGUGA